CGACAUCGUUGCCAAGACGAUGCGGUUAAGUAUCAGUAUAUUUAAAAGCGGAUGUUGAUACAAGUGUAUGAAUUCCUGCCAAGUGUAGAAAUUCAGAUUGAGUAUUUUUGCCUCUCUCAAAACUCAAAAUGCACGUUGUAAUUUUACAAAUUGCUUUCAUUUAGCAUUCUUUAUUUGACUGCAGCGGUGUUGAGUUGUCGCUUGCUGUAAUAAUUCGUGUGUGAGUUAAACAAUUUUUUGUCGAAUAAAUUAAAACUACCGUAGUGUGAGAUACACAUAAGUGCAACGAAGAAUAUGCAUUCUAGAUUGCAAACCAACUGUGCAUUAUAGAACAUAGUUUCUUAUUAUACAUAAAUAUAUUAGCUGGAAAAUCAAUUGAUUAUUUGGCAUUAGUUCUUAUUGGACAACAACACGUGCCAAUUUAUUAUUUGCGUGAUAUUAUUCAUAUUGCCGGGACUGGACAAUCGAUUUACAAAUUAUGGGCGAGAGUCAACCUCUUAGCGAAUCAAACGUUUCCAAAGGACUUGUAGUUAUCACUUCUAAUGGAAUCUCUAUUGAUAAUGACGUACAUAUAUCUAGAGUAGCUACAAAACCAGCGCUGCCCGCGGAACACAUUGAGGCACCCUGUUGUCGAGACAUUCACGGAAAUGAACCCCCGGAUGGCGGUAUGCGAGCGUGGCUAGUUAUGAUUAGUGCUUUUAUAUGCAAUGGUGUCAUAUUUGGAAUAAUAAAUACGUAUGGGAUCUUAUAUGCUUUGUUGACGGAUCGACUUACCCAGGCGGGCGACAAUGAAGCUUCGAGCAAGGCUGCUUUGGUUGGCUCAUUGACCAUUGGUACCACCUUUUUGUUCUCACCAGUUGCAGGUGUAUUGACAGACAAAAUUGGAUUAAGAUUGACAACAUUAAUUGGGGGCUUACUCUCUGCCACAGGUCUACUCCUCUCAUCAUUCUUUACGUUAAAUAUUCAAGCAAUGUAUUUGACGUACGGUGUUAUGUUCGGUUUGGGCGCCGCAUUGGCCUACACUCCAACAUUGGCAAUUUUGGGGCAUUAUUUCAAACGAUAUUUAGGAAAAGUAAGUGGAUUUGUUACAGCUGGAUCCAGUGUAUUCACAGUAAUAUUACCGUCAAGCUUGGACUAUCUGUUACGAGGUUAUGGUUUGGAAACCAUGUUGCAAGUUAUGAGUUUGGUGUCGUGCUUCAUAAUUGCUUGUUCUUUCGUUUAUAAACCGCUACAUCCUCCGCCUUGUCCGCCGCAGAAGAAGCCUGGCCGUUCACGCAUUAAUAUGAUUAUACGCUCCAUUAUCAACGUAGACAUCUGGAAACGCAAGAAAUAUGUGAUAUGGGCGCUUUGUGUCCCCAUAGCUUUGUUCGGCUAUUUUGUGCCGUAUGUCCAUAUGAUGAAGUUUGUGCAGAAAACUUUUCCAGGAAAAAGCAAAAAUCUGCCUGUGAUGUGUAUUGGCGUGACCUCCGGCAUUGGCCGAUUGAUAUUCGGAAUUAUUGCCGAUCUGCCGAGAGUUAACCGUAUAUAUUUGCAACAGUUAGCGUUAACGUGCAUUGGUGUGAUAACGUUAUUACUACCAUUAACCAGCUCAUAUGUACUACUCAUUGCUUUCACACUGAUAAUGGGUUUGUUUGAUGGCUGCUUUAUUUCCCUUCUAGGUCCCAUAGCGUAUGAGUUAUGUGGACCUUCUGGUGCAACCCAAGCCAUUGGCUUUUUAUUAGGACUGAGUUCGUUUCCUUUAACAAUGGGACCACCAAUUGCAGGGUGGAUAUAUGAUCAAACCGGUUCAUAUACUUUGCCACUUCUUUUGGCAGGAAUACCGCCCAUAUUGGGCUCAACUAUUAUGUUCCUAAUACGAUGUGUUCACGAUGACAGUGAUUCUGAAGCGAAUGUGUCAAGCAAACCGAAAGCAGAUGUAGAAAGUGGAAAUAUACAGAACGCCAAUUGGAAAAGUGCAGGUAAAUAUAUAUUUUAUAACGUAGUAUUGAAAAGGGUGAAAAAUUAUUUUAGUAUACAUUUUUUGCGAGUUGCAUUUACAAUUUUAAAUACAUAGUGAAAAUUCCAGCUAACUAUUAUGAAAAUACCUAUAUACCAUACUUAUGUACAAUGUUUGGAGGAGUUUCGCAAGCUUGUACAAAUUAUCACACAACUGUGUCAAAUUGUGUUUUGCCGCACAAAAAGCUUUUAGGGAGAGUGCGCCAAUUCAUAUUUAACUCGGAUGGAAUUUGAAGAAUAUGCAAAUAACAAAGGCAACUGUUUUUGGCGUAUGUUGACUAAUACUUUCAACUAGUCUUGAUUACAUCUAAGAAGAUAUUGAAAAUGCAAGCGUGUAUUGCGUGGAAAUUAUAUAAAUGAAUACACCUAAUUUCUCAUUGACAUCAAUUUUUGUAUAUAUAUGUACACGCUUAAAAUGUAUUCUAUUUCUUUACUAAUACUAACUGUCUUAACAACUGAUUUGAAGUAAAAUAUAUUUAGUGUAAUUAUGGUUAUAAUAAGUAAAUAAUGACUAAUUUUAAAUAUUUUGUUUACAUCCCUAAAAAACGAGCUUUCAAACAAUCACUAGUUUUUAGUAAGUAACUAAUUAAAUAGUAAAAUUUUUAAAAUAUUUAUUUUUCUAUAUUUAAAGUAUAUAUUUUUUUUAUGUUCUAUUGUCGUUAAUUGCUCUUUCAUGGGCAAUAGUUAGCCAAAGAAGUCCGAACAAUGGGUAUUAAACUAAUAAAACUAAUUUGAUCUAUAAAAAUAUUUAAACAUAACCGCGCCUGGGUGAUUUUGUUUUAAAUUCUUGUAAAAACCAACUUUAGGCAAUUUUGCGCGUAACUAAAUUAAGUACAUUAAUAAAAUUUUAGAAAUGCAUAAAAUAAUUGCACAGCUUUAUGAAUCUGUAUAUAAGUACAUAUGUAUGUAUUUAAUAUAUUUUAUAUUUGGGUUAUUAUGUAUACAUAUAUGUGUAUAUAUUGCUUUUAUAUAUUUAAUAAGAUAAUGAAUCAUCUAUUCAAUUAUUUUAGAACAAAAUUUCAAUGAGCCGUUGUUGAGAGGAUCUGAGGCUACAAAAUAUGCUGAUAGGACGAUGCGCAAAACGAAUUCCUCUGAGUCAGCACCCCAUAUUGAAGCUGAUUGAUGCUAGCUGAGGGAAUUCAUAUCAUACAUGCGCACACACAUGUAUGUAUGUAUAUACCAAGCAUAACUUAUUGAUUCCUAGUGUCUUCAGGGAUUUAUUAAUCGUAUGUAUUGCUAUUGUACAUACUGUUGCAUCUGUCGAAUUAGAGUCGUUGAAAUACCGUUACGUAUCAGCAACCAUUAAUUUAAGAUUUUUUAUUAAAAUACCCAAGUUUAUACCCAUAAUUAUUCAGCUAUAAUUGUAAAAACGUAGUUGUUUAAUUUUUUGAUAUUGUUAGAGUGUAGAAGCAGUAGAUCUGUCAAUAUGAAGUUAAAAAUCACAAUACAAUUUUGUAACUGAAGUAACUUGCAUGUAUGUGUGCAUGCUCGAACAUUCUACAUAUACACAUAAGUAAAUACAUUUAAUAUAACAUACUAAUUAUAUGCUUUAUGCCGCUGCCUUACAAGAAAAUGCUUUUGAUAAUUUAGUUACAUCAAAUCUUGCCAUGUUAAUAUUAUAUAAAAGAUAACUUAGGAGUAGAAAUACCGAUUUUUUAUAAACAAAUAUGUUGUGCCCACAUUUUUACAUAAAUAUUCAUGAAUAAAUAGAAAGUUUUCUCAAUAAAAACUUGAAUAAAUAUUGUAUAUUUGCUACAAACUGAACGAUCGGAAUCAAGUUUUUAUAGGGAACCUUUGAAUUUGUGAAGGGUAUUACAACUUCGGUGAAACCGAAGUUUACGUUUUUUCUUUUUUAAUAUAGCCCUUCUUUACUUGUUAUAUUUUGUCUUCCGCUUUUUCGCAAAGCUCAAACGCACCUGCGUUUGCCGGUUAACGAAAACUUUGACAGCAUUGCAGUUGAGACGAAAGAACCGGAGAAAGCGCAAUUUUAUUGAGUGAAAUUAAAUACAUUAAUAUUACAAAUAUAUAACAUACUUAUAUUAUAGAAAGAAAGGUGAAGAAAAAUAUGUCGGACAGCUCAGACAGGAAAAUUAAGCGACUGGAGUUUUUAACACCGAUAAGUUAAAAAGAAAAAUAUUUAAACAUCUGAAACAAAUUAAGUAUUAACACUCCUAAUUUUUAGAUUAGAAUCCAGCCGCAAGUGUGGGGAUACUAUCGAACGCCUUGAGAAGAUGGGUUUUGAACUUACCGCACAAGUUCGUUCCUCAGGAGAAACGAAAGUGACCCUCGAAAAAUAGGAUAUUGUCAUUGAUGAAACUCAGGUUUUAAGAGAUAUGAGUAUUAGAGUGGGUCGUUUUUUUUCUAAAUAAUCGCGUAUGCGGGAAAUGUUCUACGGAUCAUUCUGAACAACUUUGCCUAGAAGAAUAUAGGUCUGAAUUCGGUUUCGAGCCAGCGAUUUGUUAAAUGUAGGUUUUUUCGGGAUUAUAAAAAUUUCUUCGGUCAGAUCGGAAAACUACAUAUAUCACAUAUCUCCUAUAGAAUCGAUUAUUCUGUUAUUUUAUUUUUCGGUUGCCUUCCUUUAAUAAAAAAGCUAAGAGCACAUAAUUUUGCAGAACUGUUCUCGAAUACAUGACAGUGAAAAUAAAGAAAAUUGGACAAUCGGAUCGGACCGAAAUUGGUAGUUUCAUUUGCCUUUGGUAGUUUGAUUGGUAGGCAUAAGGUUUUGGUAGGCAAGAUUUUUUAUCAGAUGUAGUUUGAAAGUUAACCUUAGGAUUUGUUCGCUUAAAUUGGCUUACUUUGUUGUUUGCUAUUUGUAUUAACUAAAAAAUAGUCAUGAAUGGGAGUCAUCUGCUCAAUGUGUGGAAAAUGAGAGAUCUAACUAUAAUUGAAACUGUGAAAAUUAAACCCCUAUUACGGUUUUCAGCCCAACUGCAUUUCAUUUGAAGUUUUGAAAUUGGUAUCAUGGUUUUAACUUAAACCGUCAAAAAAAAAUUUGGUUGAAGUGUUAUCAAACUCCAACUUUUUUUGGUAUUACGGAUAACUCUCUGUCAGUGGGGUUGACUAGAGCAGUUUUAGAUAAACAUUAAUGAAUUUAUUUAUGAGAAAUAUUGAUAGAAAAUUGUUAAAAAGAACUAUUUUAUUUAAAAUUUCAAACUAUUGUAAUGAGUUAUUAUGUACAAAUCCAUAGGAAGGUGAAAAAUUUGUUGAGCUCGUGGAGCCGAGACAAGAUACAAUUUGGAAACAUUAAAAAAAAAUAAGGGAGUGGUAAGUUUUUCGAACACCAAAAGUUGACAUAAUCUACUACUCCUAAGCAUAUAUUAUAUGUAAUUUAUAAGUAAAAUUAAAGUUUGAAGCGUUUUGCACCUCUUCAGUUAUUUUUAUUUAUAAUAUUAAAAUUUGGGUGUUGUAACAACCAUAGGUAUUGUAAUUUGCUUCAGCUCAAAGUUAAAAUCAUUUAAAAUGCAUUCUUGAUAACUACCUGCAGCAAGAAAACAUAUUUUAUUUUUGUUAUGGGGUUUUGAAAUUGAAUUUGAACUGCGCGCGCCAUAUUUUUAAUAGCAGCAUCGAAAAGAGUGAUGUUAGAUUUAGUCUUUAUAAAUAAAUAGGUAUGUACAAAUUAUUAAAAAAUUAUACAAAAGUGUGCAAAAUAGGGAUAAGAAGAACUUUAAAAGUUUCCCUCGGUUUAAAGAAAAUAAAUUUUUUAAGUAAUUCACCGUGUUUGUUUAUAAAUUUAUAAUAAAUAUUAUUUGAAAUGAUUAAAUGUUUGUAAAUUAUAUAUUAAAAUUGUAUAUAAAAGAUGAGUAAUUUUUUGUGUAUCCAACAAUUCCUCAAAGAUAUUCGUUUGGUAUUAAUUAGUACCUAAUUGUAUCCUAAAGGUAUAUGUUGGAGACUAAUUCAUUCCAAAUUGUACCCUAUAGAGAGUAAUCUCGGAUUUUAUGCGUAGUGAGAGCUCAAUUACAAAGGUCAGCCACACUGUCCGGCAUUUUAAUUGUUUAGACUUAGACUAAUGUACAAGUAUGUUUAAGAAAAAAUGUUGUAAAUAAUAUAAAAAAUAAUGUUCUCGCCCUUACUACACAGUGUUUUUUAGCACUGUAGUAGACAUAGGCUUUAUUCAUGCCAUGUUUAGUAUUUUUAAAUUUUAAGAUCACAUAUUUGCCUCAUAUUAAAAUACUUGUUCUAUUAGACAACCAUUAUGAAAUGAAAAUUAAAAUAUUAAAAAGAUCUGUGAUAAAUCUAAAACUUAAGUCGCAAUCAUUUAUAUAAGUAUAAACUCUCUGAUCUCUGAUCUUUCCUUCCGGAUGUUACACACUUCGUGUCAAACCUAAUAUAUCCUGUUCAGGGUAUAAAAAUUUUCACACAAAAAGGUGUACAAAAAUUGUAUGAAAAAAAAAUUAAAUUUCAUAACGAAAGACGACGAGUAACGUAGAUAUCGCAUUCGCUGAAUGUUUACUUUUUGGAGGAAGUAUCAUCAGUAUUUAAUUAAUAAUAUUUGUAUGCAAUGCACAUUGCCAAUUAUUCUCAGAUGUUCGAAUUUGUCGAACUAACUACCUCGUGUUUUUAAUUACUUCGAACCUUUAAUUGAAAUUUAGCACGGAACACUCGUUUUAAUACUUAUAUGUACGUACGUAUGUGUUCAUACCGCUCAGGUGGGCAUUGUCAUACAUUUACAUGGGCAUUAGAGCGGGUUGAUUUAUAGAGCCAAAAAGCCAGAAAAAUGACGUAUGCGGCAAAUAUUCUACGGUUUAUUCUCAACAACUUUCUUUCGUCUUCUUUCUUCUUCAGUUUUUGAAAUAUCUGAAUGAAAAUUGAUACAUAGGUUCAUUUUGACACUCACACAAAAAUGCUUAAAAUAAGUUUUAAGUGUAUUUUCAUAACAAGUUGAUUCCGCAUUCAAAAAACAUUUUUCAUUUUGUAAAAUAUACAAUAUAUAUCUUUUAAAAACUCGAAGAGACAAAAAAAAGUCGUCGGCCUUUUCUGAAUAAUUGGUUGUAUAGGAGAUAUAUGUUAUAGUUCCCCGAUUUUCUUUAUUUUCACUGUCAUUGUUAAGAAUGUAUCAGAGAACAGUUCUACAAAAUGACGUGCUCUUAGCUUUUUAUUAAAGGAAGGCAACCGGAAAAUAAAAUAACUGAAUAAUCGGCUGUAUAAGAAACAUAUGAUAUAAUUGUCCGAUCUGACCGAUUCCGACAAAUAAUCAAUAGAAUGUUGAAAUGCACCUAUUUGUUAAAUUUCGGAUAUCUCAAAAACUGAUGAAGAAAUUUUUAUAAUCUUUAAAAAUUAUACUUCACCUAAAUAAUCGCGGGCUCGAAACCGGCUUUAGACCCAUAUAAUCUUAGACAAAGUUGUUCAGAGUGAUCCGUAGAACAUUUGCCGCAUACGCGAUUUUAUAGAAAAAAAAAUCGACCUGCUCUAAGAGGCAUGUACACAAUGUGUGUACUACACAUACAUACAUACAUAAGUAUACAAAACUCUUGCAUAAAUAUGAACACAUAUGUAUUUGAUUGAUUGCAAUGAGGUAACUGCUACUACUUUUUAAAUGUUAGAUAUUUCAAAUAUUAUAUAACUUUCGAACAAUAAAAUAUAAGGAAUACUCCAAGCGACAUGUUGUAACAUGUAAAAAGCAUAUGGUGCUUAAAAAAUAAAGAUAUUAAACUGGAAAAACCGAAUUUGAGUAGAUGAAGUAGCAGAUGUAGAGCGCUUCCCCGAUGAUUGAAAGGGAUGUUGGACACAAAAAGUGACCGCUUAAAUUAUCGAGUUAGUACUGUAACGUGUUCUCGCACUCCGCUAAAUGUUUUCGAGAGCCUCGAGUUUUACAAUAUCCCAUAGAAACUAACAAAUUAAUUUGGCGUACGAUAUUCGCACACAAAGUGUUGACGGGCUUCGUAAUUGUCACAUCGUCACUUGCGUGCGUUUUGAUUCAGCUAAAAAAGUUAUAACAAAUUAUAAUUUAUUUAAUAAACUAUGAUACUGUAUUAUUUAACGGGAACACUAUUGUUGCUUUGGAUCUAUGUUUUAUGGAGUCGAAGAGCGUUUUAUAAAUUAAUAUGGAAAAUGCCUGGACCGUUGGGUUAUCCCAUUGUGGGCAUGGCUCAUCGGCUAAUAAGGAGAGAAGAUAUUUUAGCAGUAUUUAAAGAAGAAGAACAAAAGUUUGGACAAACUUUCCUUUCCUGGCUCGGACCAUAUCCCUUUUUGGUUGUUUGUGAUCCUCAAGUAGCACAGGAUAUUUUAACUUCUCCUCACUGCAUUAACAAAAGCUUCAUCUAUAGCGCUUUAGAUGAUGGCGCUGGAAGAGGGCUGUUUAGCUUACCAAAUCCAAAGUGGAAUUUACACAGACGUCUUUUAAAUCCUGCAUUUGGGAACAAGGUACUUCUGAAUUUAAUGACCAUAUUUAAUCAAGAAGUAAAUAAACUUUUAAAAACAUUUGAAACGCUUUUAACGGAAGAAGUCGAUUUGACAAAAGUUUUCCAGAACUUUACAUUGAAAAUUGCAGCACAAACGACCAUGGGCGACAAAAUUCCCUCCGACGGUAUAAAUAAUUUUUCCGAAGGAUUAUUAAGCUGUUAUAAAUGUGUACAGGAUUCCAUCACCCAGAUGUGUUUUUCACCUUGGCUGAAUUUCAAGGCAUUCCACUAUUUCUGGAAGAAUAAAGACUCCUAUAAGGAAGCAAAAGCAGAAAUUCGAAAUUACAUUCGCAAUUUAAUAAAACAAAAGACCAUAUACGAGCCAGAAUACACGGAGAGCAAAAGAUCAUUAGACGAAAAUAUUUUUAUACAUCGCGCUCUUAAUUUGGUUCAAAAAGGGCAUUUCAAUUGGCAGAACGUUGAAGACGAAUGUAAUGUGAUUGUGUUUGGGGCUUUCGAAACUACUUCAAACACUCUCAUGUACAUAAUGAUGUUGCUAGCAAUGUUUCCACAGUAUCAGGAUAAAGUUUUCGAUGAAGUCUGCUCCAUAUUUUCCAGUAAAGAUGAUAAUGAAGUCACCUACAGCGACACACAACAGAUGUUUUACUUGGAUAUGGUGAUUAACGAAACAAUGCGGGUGAUGGCGCCAGUGCCAUUGGUGGCAAGGCAAACCGAACAAGAAGUUCGUCUAAGUAAUGAUAUUGUAAUUCCCAAAGGGCUGCAAGUAGCCAUUGAUAUUUUCAAUAUGCAUCGUCGUACGGAUAUUUGGGGUCAUGAAGCACAUAUUUUUAAUCCGGAUAAUUUUUUACCAUCAAAUUUAGACGGUAAACAUCCAUAUGCCUUCAUACCAUUUACGAAGGGAAUUCGGAAUUGCAUUGGUUGGAGAUAUGCUCUUCUAUCAAUGAAAGUAACUAUUGCGAGACUAAUAUUGAAUUAUCGUUUUUCUACAACAUUCGAAUACCGGAACUUACACUUUGUAGAAGACAUCACAAUUAAGCUAAAAGAAACACCACUCCUUCGGAUAUACGAAAGAAAUAAAAAUAAUACUUAUACAGUAAAGUACUAAAUUUAGAAUAAGAUAAUUUAUCAAUAACGGAAGUUGGGUAUGUAAAGUUAUUUAGUAAUAAUUUCACAUUAAAAAUAAAUUUAAUAAUAACAACUUAUUCUCAAUACUGAAAAAUAGUAAAUGCAUUCAAAUAUAUGUACAUACAUACAUAUCAGCGUCUUAGUAGAGAGGUAAUGAACUAAUGCAUUGAAUGGUCAAAUUUUUAACUAUGGGAAAAUCAACUAUAGUAAAAAUUUGUGCAUGUUGCCUAGCCUUUGUGUUGGCUAUACAUUAAGAAAAUUUUUCUUUUCUUUAUAAUUUUGUAGGCAGUAUAUAAAUAUGUAUAUUGUUAAUGAAAUACAUGAUUAAAAUUACUGCAUUUCCUAUUUAUAUUUUAAUUGUAUGCGUAUUAUAUUUUUCUUAACUUAAUGUCACCGCUCAAACUUCUCUUUUCUUAAGAUCAUGUGUUCGAUUCAAAAUAUCGGAAUCCUGAAUUCGGGUAAUGCUAUUCUACAGAUUUUCUCUCGGUAAUGUUGAGAAGCCGACAUAGGCGUUAGAUUUUCAAAUGUUUUCUUAGCGUUUUAAAGAGUUCAGGUGCUUCAAUGGUUUUAUUUGAAGACUUACUCGGGUGUUGGACUGGCUCACCAAAAACAUUUUUUGCUGGUGUGGCUAAGACUUUUUCUUCAAAUACAGCACGUAAUCCUAGGGGAAUUGCACUAAGCUGUCGGUGAAAGCGUUCGAUGAAUCCGUUUAAUUGUGGGUGGUAACUUUUUGUUCGAUCAACGAGUUUUCUGAAAAAGUCUGGCUUAAAUUGUUUUCCAAGGUUGGUUGUUAUCCGAAGUGGAACUCCAAAGUAGGAUAUUCAAGUUUGCACGAGUGCCUGCCCAACUCGGUCGACUCAGCCGUCAAUAAGUGGUUCGGCUGUUGGAUAGCGUGUCAAACAUGCAGUUAUUGUGAGACAAUGGGUGUGUUCCUGAUGACUGUACUGUAGCGCUUCGGGUUGUGCCUGAAGUGCAUAGUCUAGUGGUUUCGUUGUUGGGUCGUUGGCUUUCGAAAUCGACGAGGAUGGUAGCUUGCUGUGAUUCCACUGUUGAGAAAGAUAAGAAUUCGUACUAAAUAUUGUCACAGACCGUGUUGAGAUUGCUUGACACAUUAUUGUUUGAGAACGGGCCAAAAUCGCCAGGAGCAAAGAGAAAAAACGUAAAUUUGUACAGUUUCCGAUUGACGAAUACAUAAACUGGGCAGUUGAAAAUGUAAAUAAUGGAUUCACUUUCUAGAAAAGCCAUGGUGGCUGCGGUAUUGUUUAAAUAUCAUAUGACAUUUGAAUAUACAUAUGUACAUAUAUCCACCUAAAUCUAUACAAGUUUAACAUUUAGCUAAUAUAUUCUUUUAUGAUUUCCAUCAUGCCUGUCUUACUUAAUAUAUGCUGCACAAUCGUAAAUGAUGACCAUGUUUUAUCUGUGAAUAGGAUACCAUAUACCUAUGAUCAAAACUAACUUUAUGGAGAUGCGUAAGAAAGGGAUGAUCGAUCACAUGUAUGUAAGAAUUCGGUGUAUUCGGUUAGAACUGUCAAUUGGGUCUUAAGGGGUUACAUGGGUUUCGUCGGGUAAAAAAUCCCUAUUUUCAAUAAUUUUUUUCCUAUAUAAAAAAUUAUUUAUUUACUUCAAACUUUUUUCUGUCUUAAAGAUACACAUUUAAAGAAUAAGUUCUGAGAUUUUCAAAAAAACAAAAUUAAAACUCUGCCAUUGUAACGUCAUUUCCCCUCGAAGAAAAGGUGCGUCCGCGUUGUCAGCAUAACUCCUGACAGGAACAUUUUAAAUCAAAAAAAAAAAAUAUGUGUUUUAUUUAAGACCAUAAACUCGUACUUGAACGAAGGAAAAAAAUAAAAAGUUAAAAUUGGAAUUUUGGCAAACCUUUUUCCAAAAAAAUUAAAAUUUCGGUCAAACAUGCUCGACAUUUCUUUUUUUUUAAAUAGUUGUAAUUGAAAAAAAAACAUCCUUCGCCCACUUACGAGUAAAUCAAACACCUGUAUAAAAUUUCAUCAAGAUCGGUUGAGUAGUUCGCGCUAAAUCUUGACAACCGACUUUGAAAACACAGUUUCGAGAAAAACGCGUUUAAAGUUUUAAGUGGCCAUAUAGCUGACCUCGAGCACGCAUCUUUUGAAAGCUGUAUCUCCAAAACUAUUACUGAUAUCAACUGAGAAUUCGGGACAAUAUUCUAGAGAUGUUAUAGAAUUAAAAAAGAUAAUAAAAAAAAAAUUUUUGAAGCCGCGAAACCUAUGUAACCCCUUAAGCAACUUUAACAGAAAUCUCUGAUACCGCUGUUGGGUCAUCUUUUCAUUCUUGGCUUGGUUGCGCGCAUGUGGUUUAAACUUCGUGAAUACAGACAAUUUUAAAUUUAUUUAUUAAAUUUAUACAAAUUAUUAUAUUUAUCUAUUAUUUUACACUUUAAUUAAGUGUUGGAUGCGUUAGAAGGAAUGAAACGCCGACUGCACAUACAGAGGCAUUAGUCUGUCUACAAUACAUAUAAACGAAUAUCACAUUAAUCAAUUUUAAUUUUACAGAGUCGAAAAGAAUGUUUGGCCAGGUUGGAUUGCUAAUAUCAGAUAGGAGAACAGCAAAAUAAAGUACUCUACCGAAACGUAUUUUAAGCAUAAAUUUCUUGAUCUCAUAAUACCUAUAUUAGUAAAUGUAUAAAAAAUGUUCCUUUUAUUUCCUUUUCUCGUCAAUUCUUAGAGCAGUUUAUAUAGUAACAUGGAAAAUUUUAUGUGUAACUUUAUUAACUUUUCCGUCAUUGUUUAUGUUUUGUUUUAUAAAU